AUGUCUAGAGCUGUCGGUAUUGACUUGGGAACAACUUAUUCGUGUGUUGCUCAUUUUGCUAAUGACAGGGUAGAGAUCAUUGCAAAUGACCAAGGUAAUAGGACCACACCAUCAUACGUGGCAUUCACAGACACUGAGAGAUUAAUUGGUGACGCCGCUAAAAAUCAAGCUGCUAUCAAUCCUCAUAAUACGGUUUUUGACGCAAAGCGGUUGAUUGGUCGUAAGUUUAAUGAUCCUGAAGUAACAACUGAUGCCAAGCACUUCCCUUUUAAAGUUAUAUCCAGGGAUGGUAAACCUGUAGUGCAAGUAGAAUAUAAGGGUGAAACGAAGACAUUUACGCCUGAAGAAAUUUCUUCUAUGGUCUUGAUCAAGAUGAAGGAAACUGCUGAAAACUACUUGGGAACUACAGUCAAUGAUGCUGUCGUAACUGUUCCUGCAUAUUUCAACGAUUCUCAAAGACAAGCCACUAAGGACGCUGGAACCAUUGCGGGUAUGAACGUUUUGCGUAUUAUUAAUGAGCCCACUGCAGCAGCAAUUGCUUACGGCCUGGAUAAGAAAGGGAGGGCUGAGCAUAACGUUCUGAUUUUUGAUUUAGGUGGUGGUACUUUUGAUGUCUCUUUACUAUCAAUCGAUGAGGGCGUCUUUGAGGUUAAAGCCACUGCAGGCGAUACUCAUUUAGGUGGUGAAGAUUUUGAUAAUAGGUUGGUGAAUCAUUUAGCCACUGAAUUUAAAAGGAAAACGAAAAAGGACAUUUCCAAUAAUCAAAGGUCAUUAAGAAGAUUGAGAACUGCGGCAGAAAGAGCCAAGAGAGCACUUUCUUCCUCGUCUCAAACCUCUAUCGAGAUUGAUUCAUUGUUUGAAGGUAUGGAUUUCUAUACUUCAUUAACAAGGGCAAGAUUUGAAGAACUAUGUGCUGAUUUGUUCAGAUCUACAUUGGACCCAGUCGAAAAAGUGCUUAAGGAUUCGAAGCUGGACAAAUCCCAAAUUGAUGAAAUUGUUUUAGUCGGUGGAUCUACCAGAAUUCCAAAGAUUCAAAAAUUAGUUUCUGACUUCUUCAAUGGCAAAGAACCUAACCGUUCUAUCAACCCAGAUGAGGCUGUCGCCUAUGGCGCGGCAGUUCAGGCGGCUAUUUUAACUGGUGAUCAAUCAACAAAGACACAGGAUUUGUUGUUAUUAGAUGUUGCACCAUUGUCCCUAGGAAUUGAAACUGCAGGCGGUAUAAUGACCAAGUUAAUUCCUAGAAACUCAACGAUUCCAACAAAGAAAUCGGAAACUUUUUCAACCUAUGCUGACAAUCAACCUGGUGUUUUGAUUCAAGUCUUCGAAGGUGAAAGAACAAGGACAAAGGAUAAUAACUUGUUGGGUAAAUUUGAAUUAAGCGGCAUCCCACCUGCCCCCAGAGGUGUGCCCCAAAUUGACGUCACCUUCGACAUCGAUGCUAAUGGUAUUCUUAAUGUGUCGGCUUUGGAAAAGGGUACUGGUAAGAGUAACAAGAUCACGAUCACCAACGAUAAGGGUAGACUAUCGAAGGAUGACAUUGAUAGGAUGGUUUCUGAAGCUGAAAAAUACAGGGCUGAUGACGAAAGGGAGGCAGAAAGAGUUCAGGCCAAGAAUCAGCUUGAAUCAUAUGCAUUCACCUUAAAAAAUGCCAUAAAUGAGGCAAGUUUCAGAGAAAAGGUGGGUGAGGAUGAUGCAAAGAAGUUAGAAACAGUUUCUCAAGAAACAAUUGACUGGCUAGAUGCCUCGCAAGCAGCCUCUACGGACGAAUAUAAGGAUAGACAAAAGGAGUUGGAAGGCAUUGCCAAUCCAAUAAUGACCAAGUUUUACGGUGCUGGUGCCGACGCGGGUCCUGGAGCGGCCGGUCCCGGUGGUUUCCCCGGAUCCAUGCCCAACUCAGGUGCUGCAGGGGGUGGACAAGAUUCUGGUCCAACAGUGGAAGAGGUUGAUUGA